AUGGAAUUUCCGCGAGUGGGAACACACUGCGCCGUAGAAUCCUGCAAACAAGACGAUUUUCUCCCAUUCAAGUGCACCCACUGCUCCACAAUAUUCUGCAAAAAUCACUUCAACACGAUCUCACAUGACUGCAAGUCUUGUCCAGACAAUAUUGUAGCGGAGCCGAGGAAAUUUGAGGGAUUUAUCUGCUCACAAGAAGAGUGCAAAAGUACUUCUGCAGUUGAAAUGAACUGCGUCGAAUGUAAAAAACAUUUUUGUCUGGCUCAUCGCCAUCAUGGUUGCCUGGAGAUGAGUCAGGACGAAAUUGCGAAGAGGUUGAGGGAAUGGGAAAAGCCGAAGGAAGAUUUUAGAUCAGCAAAGAGUGCAGUUGAUGCUGUGAUCGCUGAGAAUUUGAAGAAAUCGAAAAAAAUUGAAAUGGCUAACAAGGUGCAACUGAUGAGACUCAAAGGGAAAGCUGUCGGUUCUCAAAACAUACCCACUGUUGAUCGAAGGUACCUCCAGGUCUAUUUUCCACUGAUUACCUGCAAAACAGCGCCCGCCGCUGUCUUCGUAAAUGUCCAGUGGACUCUGGGUAAAACCAUCGAUUCAAUCGCGGAAAUUCUGAAAAUUCGCAAUUCAAAUAAUUUGGCAGAUUCUGUUAAACUCAAAUUGUUUCAUCACAGAACUGGAGAUGUUCUGGGGGAGAGAAUGGAUACAGCUUUGUCUGAUCUAUUUACUAAAGGGCAGUUAGUAGACGGUCAAAGUGUUAUUUUUGAAUAUUCAAACGAAAACAAAGUCGAUUUCUCAUCGUACAAAUGAACUAAUCUGUUGCAAGAAAUUUAUUGUCGCCUAAGAAUGAUCACAUUGUAAUCAAUCAAAUUUAGUUUUUGGAUUUUUAUGUAAUGUUGGUAAUCUAAAUAAAAACAAAAGUAACUAGA